GCUACUCCACUAUAAGUACAACCAUCAAACACCUACAGGCUCUGUCCACUCCCCCAUCAGGCCAACUCAAACACCAUGCGGUCUCCAAUCCGAACGGAGGCUUUUCUCCAGUCCCCUUCCCUUCACCCUUCCUCUUCCCCUCCAUCUCCGUCCAACAAGUGGGCCCCAUACUCUAGCACCAAGGACUUCGACGCCAACAUGGUCACCAUCCUCGUCGUCCUCGUCUGCGUCACCAUCCUCGCCUUCUCCCUCCACGCCGCCGGCCGCUGCCUCCUCCUGCGCUACCGCCACCGCCUCCGCCGCGACGACCAACACGAAACGCCGGUGGACGAGAAGGGGAAAUCCAGGAGCGAAGAGGCGUCGCGGGCGGAGACGCUGCCGUCUCUGGUGUACACGGCGGGAACGAGGCUGGCCGGGGCCGCGGCGGAGUGCGCCAUCUGUUUGGCGGAGUUCGCGGAGGGGGAGCGCGUCCGCGUGCUGCCCGCCUGCAACCAUGGCUUCCACAUCAAGUGCGUCCAGGCCUGGCUUGCGACCCGUUCCUCCUGCCCCACCUGCCGCACCCCAACCUCCGGCGAGCUCCCGGAGGAGCCAUAAGAGCCGGGGAAACGAGCAGAAGAAACCAACGCAUAUAUAGAGGAAACUCUCCGUAUAAUACCGAGCGUAGGCUUUUUCUUUUCCUUUUUUUUUGGUUUCGUUUUCUUUUUCUCCCUCUAAUUCCUCCAUAACUCUAUAAUACAGUUUCUUCCUCCGGAAAAGGUCGUUCCUUUUAUUUU